CGACUUCGAAAGAGCCAGUAUCUCUCUAUCGCCGCGGGCGACUCAAGACAGAGUUCUAGCUCGAUAUUCUUAGUCCCUCUUGUCCUUACUCUUCACUGGCAGCGUGUACUCUGCAGCCAUGUCGGACACAGAGAAGAAGUCCUAUCAGAACAGUGACGGCGCAGGCGAGCAGGUCGCAGCGCACGAGUUGACGAAGUACGACAGCAACGACAAUGACACGCCGCUGCUUGUCAAGCAGACGCAAGCCGGUAUCUGGAAGGUCGAGGCCGCAGUAAAUGUCUGGGGACCGGUCAGCAAGACAUUGCUAUGGCUCGGUAUCGGACUGGCCAGUUACAUGUAUGGCCUGGACAACAACACUAGCUGGGAGUUCGGGACGUACGCGACCAAUGAGUUCGGUCACGCCAAUUGGUACAGCGCAAUCCAGUGUGCUAUGGCGAUUUUGCUCGCGCUCGGUAAACCCUUCUUUGCAAAGAUCACCGAUGUCAUUGGCCGUGCGGAGGCCUACGCCGUAUGUCUCUUCUUUUACUGCCUCGGAUACAUCAUCUGCGCAAGUGCCCAAACCAUGGGUGCACUCGGCGCGGGUUUGGUCAUCUACGAGAUUGGCUUCUCCGGACUUCAGAUUGCCAUCCAGAUCGUCAUCGCUGAUUUGACCCCGCUGCGGUACCGGGCGCUCGUCAGCGCGCUCACCUCGGUGCCGUACUUCAUCAACUUCUACGCCGGCGCCCAGAUCGAGGUUCAAAUCGUCACCAGCACCCGUCUCGGCUGGCGCUGGGGCUACGGUCUUUAUUGCAUCUGCUUCGUGUUCGCCAUUGGUCCCAUUAUCGCGGUGCUCUUCUGGGCGCAAAACCGCGCGAAGAAGGAAAACCUCGUCUACCGCGACAGUCUCGCUGGGAGCACCUUCCUCGAAAAGGCGUGGAGCUUCGUGAUCGAGGCGGACCUCGUCGGCAUGUUCUUCCUCGGCGCCACCAUCACCCUCGUCUUCCUGCCACUCGUGCUUGCGGGUGGAUCCUAUGCUACAACGACGUGGACGGAUCCUGCCAUCCCGGCCAUGAUGGUCAUCGGUGGUGUCGUCGCUGCGCCCGCGUUCAUCUACUGGGAGCUCAAGCGCGCCAAGUUCCCCAUCGUCCCCUUCCGUCUCCUCCGGAACCGGACGGUCCUCGUGGCGUGUAUCGUUAACUUCUUUGACUUCGUCUCGUUCUACCUCACGUGGAGCUACCUCUACACGUUCACCUACGUGGCCACUGACUGGGACCUCACGAACCUGAACUACUACAGCACUGCCCAAUCGCUCUGCCUGACGUUCUUCGGCCUCCUCUGGGGUGCUAUCGUCGCCCUUGUCGGCGGAAGGAUGGGCUACAAGUGGUCUUUCGUCGCUGGACUUGCCCUACGCAUCAUCGGUGUCGGUCUCAUGUUCUACGCUCGCUCGCACUUCAGCACCGCCGCUCUUGUCAUGACCCAGGUCAUCCAGGGAGCUGGUGGAGGUAUUGCCGCCGUCGCGUCCCAAGUUGGUGCCCAGGGUGCUGUUCCUCACCAAGACGUCGCCGUCGCCACCGCGGCCGUUCUCCUCUUCGCCGAGGUCGGCGGUGUGGUCGGCCAAGCCGCGGCCGGCUCGAUGUGGAACAACGUCCUGCCCAAGAAGCUCGAGCAACAGGGGCUGAACUCGACCGUCAUCGCGGACGUGCUCGGCUCGUACACCUACGCGCGGACGUACCCCACCGACGUGCGCAGUAAGAUUAUCACCGCGUACAGCCAGGCGAUGCACGACAUGCUCAUCCCCGCCAUCGUCUUGGCGUGCGUCGCGUUCCUUGUGUCGUUCGCCUGCAAGAACUUCAACCUCACGGGUGCACAGAACGCCGUCGAGGUCAAGGACAUCCGGGGCCACACGAUCGAGGGCGAAGAGUCGAUCGAGCCCGAACUCAAGCGCGAUGUAUGAUCCCUCCUGUUCUCUUUCUCGUCUUGGGUUAGAUACUGUAGCAUAGUAAAAGGAUCACCAGACUCUCCAUGCUCCUACUUACUUACACCCCGUCAUGUGUGCUACCAGUAGAUGUGUCCUCACGAGUGUCGUCAUGUUCUAGUAUAAUGUAUAGACUAAUGUUCCAACAUA